AGUUGAAUUCGGUUUCGCCAAAUCCGCGUAGAGGCACCGCGUUGCGUCCGCACCAAUCAGUCGUGGUUGAAUACGCAGGAAGACAGCCGCCGUCGCAAGAGACGUGCCGUCCGGGUUUGAUAGAAAGCGACGCAGCUCUCUUGGUGGAUCCGCUUGCCCUCUUCCCAAAUGACAGCUCUUCCUCACGUCCCUCCUGGUGACCGCUACCUCACACGCCAACCCUGCGGUCCGCAGUGCUGCGGCGUUGCCUCCUCCUCCUCCUCCUCGAACGGGGUCGGGACGUCAUCCUCAGAGGAAGAAGUGGCAGAGUGGAUUGCGGUGCAGUCGUACAGCUACGUGUUUCGUGCCCCGGUGAAAGGGCGCUGGCUCGGUCGGGGGCUGCUCGACUUAUUUUUACACGAGUUCGCCUUCGUUCCUGGUGCGCCGGUGGAAGGCGACCCCUCCGCGGGGUCCUCCACGGCAGACGGGACAUGGAAGCGCUCCGCUGUGCUUCCCCUUCUUCUCCUUCUCGACUCCUCGUCGGUCGUCGGUCGAGGCAGUGGGGGAGGCGCGACGUUGGAUCGGCGCGUUACUCUGCCCGGGUACGUGGAGGAGCUGUGCGAUGGUGUUCUGUGGCUGCACGGACGAGAAGCGGAGUGCCGCGCGGCGGGCAGGCGCUACCGCGAUGCGUUGGUUCAACUCGCACACACACGCGGCGCCGAGCUCGCGGACUGUGCGGGGGCGGAUGAUGUUGCAGAUGGUCCUCAACGAAAUGAGUUGUCACCAUCCUCCGUAACGCCUCCUGUGACGACGAGCAGCACAGCCUCUGCCUGCCCCUCUCGCGCCGAAACCGCCGCCAAAGCAGAAGAGGAGUGGAGGGCAUGGUGCCGCACGGUGCGGUGGCUCACACGGCUGCCGGCGGAGACGGAUGUGGAGGCCUUCCUGCCCGAGCUGCACCGCCACUGCAGCCUCGGUGAAGCCGCGCCGUUCUCCGUUAUCACCGCUACAGCUGAGGAUUCUCCCUCCUCUUCGUCCUCCUGCUGUCCGCCGCCGCCGCUGGUGCUCCGUCAGCGCGACACGGUAUACCAUCGCGUGUGGCGCCGUGAGGGACGGAUGUUCGCCCAGCCUCCUCUGCAGCUCCUCCGCUGCGACCUUCGCAACGCCAUAGCGCGCUGUGGUGCCGCUGCUGAUGCUUCCUCCUCUCGCUCCUCCUUCAAUUCCGCUGGGCAGGCGCCUGCGUUGAUGGUGGUGAGUAAGCCGCCGGGGCUGCCGGUGCACCCCUCCGGGUGUUACCGCAAGAACAGCGUGACGAGCAUCCUCGAGGACGUGUUUGGCGGCUGCGAUGGCGGACUGAGGUACGACGCGGAGGAGCACUUCACCCAGGAAGGCCAGGCCGGCAGCGACGGGCUCUUCCGUCCUCAUGCGUCGAUCCGGCACCGACGCGAAGGGUUUGAGCUGAUACGUGUCUUCGUGCGCCUUCCAUCGGCGGCGUGCUCGGUCGACGGGGUGGCGCUGGAGGAUUGGUGGCUGUUGAAGGCGCUGCUGCACCGCGGCGGCGGCGGUGUGGGGGGUGGAGAUGAUACGGGAAAGGAGGGAACUUUAACGCCGCCGGUGGCUCCCUUCGAUGCAGCACCCACGUGGAAGCGCUCGCGAGCGGACGGAGAGGCGGGUCCAGCGCAGCCCAAAAGCACAGUUCCUUCCGCGGAAAAGAAUGGAGGCGGAGACGUCGGAGUGGCAGCCACGGCGCUGACUCCGGUCGCGUCUCUUCCUCAAAAUUACCCCCUCAAGGCGUUUGUGGUCCACCGACUCGACGCGGCGACGAGCGGUGUUCUCGUGUUCGGCCUCGACAGCGACGCGGCACGUCGCACGGCGGCGGCGAUCGCCAACAAAACGCACUCCCCCGGUGAGGCGGAUGGCGGUGACGACGGUGACGAUGGAGACGACGACGACGCCACUGCUGCGGAUUUCCUGCUGGACGGCAUCGGCCCUGCGCAGGCCGCACACGCCCUUGCCGCCCCCUCCCCCUCCUCCCCCUCCUCCUCUCAAAAGGUGUACGUCGCUCGCGUACACGGCCGUGUGGAUCUGGUCGCGCUUGCCCGCACACAGCACAACUGCGUACUGCGGCAGCGUUCAUCCACCCCUCAAUUCGAAGAAUCGCACACCGUCGGCAACACCGGCACAGAUGCGUCUUCUCGGCAAGAUGAAGCUGGCAAUGCCUCGGUGGAGGGCGAGGAGCUGGUGCUGCACCGGCCUAUUGGGUGUGUGGACCACCAUCACAGUCUCUACUGGUGUCCAGAUGCCGCCCUUACCGAGGUGUGGCGGCGACAGCGGCGUGAACGAAUCAAAAGAGAAGCGGCAGAAGAAAGACAGGCGACAGCGCACAGUGCGAAGCCGAGCAGCACGAAGGGAAAGUGGAAUCGCACCCCAGAGGCCAUCGCAGCAAAGCACGACAAGAUGCGCCAACUCACGCGCGGGACGGCCGGCCGCGACGCCCCUCUCACAUCACCGCCCAGCGAUGUAGCUGCGACCCGCGAGGAUGGAGCCCAUUCGAGCACGGCGCUGUUGAAGGGGACCGAUGAGGAAGCAGCCGCAGCGUUGCGGGUUCAGCAGUACAUGCAGACCCUCCGCCCCGCCACGACCCUCCUGCGCGUGGACCACUACGACGCCGUGACGGACGAGACGGUGGUGCGGUGCACCUUGGGGACGGGCCGCACACAUCAGCUACGGGUCCACCUCGCUUCGCUGGGGCAUCCGAUUGUGCGAGACAGCAAGUACGUCGCGAUGGAGGCCUUUCUGCGUGAAGUGGGCGCCUCCUACGUUGCAAAGGAGCAAGUGCAUGCCUCAAAGCAGGAAAGCGGGGGUGAAAGAGGCAGCGACGUUGUCGACACCUCUUCUCCUCCUCCUCCCGCUUCGCCGGCUGCCGAAGCUGAAGAGCAGUCGGGCGUUCAUGCGGUGCGCAAACAUUGGCAGGCGUCCGAUACGCCUCUCUCGCUCUUCUACGGCGCCCCUCGAGGGCACCACCGCGAGGACGACAGCGAUGGCGCCCAGCGGAGGCAGGAGACGGCAACCACGGAGAAAGACGCUAGGCGUGGCGCGGCGGUGGGCGCCGGGGCGCCUGCUUGGAAGACGGCCAUCUUUGCGGACUCUCGCACCGCCCGCGGCUGCGUGUGCCCGGAUGCGAUUGAUCUGCACGCCUGGCGCUACACCCUCACCUACGAAGGCAGCGCGGAGGUGGUGAAGGUGGAGGUGCCGCUGCCGUCGUGGGCCCACAAGUAA